ACAAUACCAACAAAGCAACACCGCUGCUAUAUAAAUUUUUUGCACUCUGCUGUGUUCGAAGAAACAUUUGCAAUCGGUGGGAUUCGAACACACAACUGUAAGCAUCAAGAGUCAAGCACGUUGACCACUGCGUCACAGCCGCCCUGAGUGAAAUGAUAAACAGGAUAAAAGCGAGUGAAAAAGUUUCAGUAAAGCUUCCUGCGAUCCAGCAGGCGAACGUUUCGCCAUCUAGCGGAGAUUUUGGUUGGCGCUCAGCUGUGCUGUUUCGCGAGAGCCGUCAAACGCGAAAGAAAAGAAGAAGAAGAAGCUGGGCUGCUGCUGGUAAAGUGGGUUUUGGAAAAAGGCAAAUUGCCAGUGUUUGUGAAGUGCAGCAGCCAAACCGAGCAGUGAAGUGGUCAGCGGACACUCGCGUGCGUGAGUUAUUAGUAAAAGUGGGGCGCGAGGGGUCUCGUGAGUGCUGGAAAAUCGUAUUGAAGUGUUGAGGCCCCACGCAACGGUGGCGCCGCUGGAGGGCCGCCGGGACAUCGCAGAAGUGUGAAUUUUUCCUCUGGACCUCGAGUGCUUCCCUGAAGCUGGAGCGAUGUCGGCCGCGAUCUACCGGGAGAGCCCCCACGGCACGCCGUCGCACUUCCCGCAGGGCCAGCCGCCCUUCUUCUCCUCGCCCGCGUCCCUGCAGCACUUCCACCAGCCGCAUCCGCAUUUGGCGUACGGGCAGCGCCACUGCAAGCGGAAGAGCGCCGUGGAGCUGCUGGCCGAGAGCAAGCCGCUCUACGUGAAGUCCGAGACGGUGCUGGACAGGGAUCAGCAGCUCUUCCGCGGCGUGCCGAUGCGCAAGACGCGCCACAGUGGCUGCGAGUCGCCCCAGCACUCCGCCUCAGCUUUCUCCGCAGACAUGCUUUCGCCGUCGCGGACGCUGAGUCAGCAGGCCAGCCGCCACGCUGUCCAGCCGACGCGCGCCAGCCGCCGCAGCGCCUCCGCCCUGGCCAUCAACAGCGAUCUGCUGCAGACGAAGCUGCGCAAGCUGCUGAACUCCGAGAGCAAAGAGAUGCUGGACUUCGGCUACCCGCUCUCCUCCAGCAUCGCCCAAGAACUGAACGUGCACCAGCCCAAGGACUCCUCCGUGUUCUUCUCCAGCGCCUUCCUCUCGCCCCAGUCGCUGCCGCCGCAGCCCGUGUCUGACGACGACGACGUAUAUCGCUUCGAUGAGACGCUCAUCCUCACGGACGACUACCACGCCAUCAGCCCGCCGGCGGAGUACGCGGAACGCGCCGGCGCCACGCCGCGCUACUACCAGCGCUCCUUUUCACACUCACAGGCCGCGUCCGGCGACUACUCGCCUUCCUUCAACAUCAACAGCCACAAGUCGCUGCCGGAUCUCAACUUGCAGGUGAGCCGCCACUCGCCGCACAGCGAGGCUCUGAGCUGCUGCAGCCGCGGCAACAGGUCCAACAAAUCCGGCUCGUCCUUCAACAGGGAUUCCGGCGGCUCGUCCGGCCACUACACGCACCAGAGCGAGCCGGCGCCGUGCUGCAGUCAGCCGGACGCGGUGCAGGGCGAGUUCCGGCGCGACAGUGGCUCCUCGACGCAGCACAGUGGCAAUUCGUACUUCGCCUACGGCAUUCCGCCGCUGGGCUUCGACGACAAGGCGGACGACGAGGCGGAUUGCCUGCUGGACUUCACCACGGCCGAGGUGCCGGAGGCCUUCCAGGACGACUACCAGGUGCCGUCGGCGCGCCAGGCGGUGCUGUUCUUCGAGGAGAAGGCGUACGGGCGCCAGGAGGGCCAGGAGGAGCUCAGCCCGCCCGGUCUGGGCGUGUUCAAGCGGCAAAAGUGCCUGCGGCUGAAGCAGCGCGGCCGCGGCGACGACCGGCGGCCGAUCCUGCGCUCCAAGAGCGACAUCAGCGACAGGUACUGGGGCCGCGAGGGCGACAAGCGCCACCGGCCGGAGAUGUUCCAGCUGGAGCGCUUCUUCGACCGUCUGGGGCUGAACGAGAAGAGCUACGAGGAGCUCGUGACCACGAAGGGCGCCGCCGCGGCGGCGGCGUACAGUGAUAAGGACUCGGACCAAUCGAGUGUGGUGUUCUUCUCGGACGUGAGCACCGUGGACUCCACCCGACUGCCGGACAGCACGGCGGAGGCGGGCCAGGCGAGUGGACCAUAUCGCUCCACCGAGCCGCCGUCCAUCGUGGAGCGCAACGCGCGCAUCAUCAAGUGGCUGUGCAACUGCAGGCGCGUGCAGCUCACAUAGCAAGUGAAGAGGGGCUUCGGGCUCGCG